AUGUUCUGCUUCCGUCGUUUCGUACCCAUCUGGACUGUCGUGGUGGUGGUUACUUUCCUCUUCUUCGUUACUCAUAUGCGGCCAGGACACCAACACAUGGACCAGGAGGAAGCGAUAUACUACCGCUCGAUCGACACGCUCUUCAGGUCAGAAAAGGACGCGCUGCUACAAUGGACACGAUCCACCAAGCAACCACUGAAGGUGGAGACGGACCACUGGCUUGACUGGAAACCCACAUCCAAAUGA